AUGGAAUUUCCCUCCCCUUCCUUCCAGCCGCUUCUGCUCUCCGCCGAGGCGUUAGGCGUGCAACAGUACCCCUGCAGCGUGCAGUUGAGGCAUGUACGCUUGUCUGAUGCCCCGCUGGCCCAGCGUGAGGCGGAGAGGGCGGAGGUCGAGCCGAGGAAGGAAGCCACGACGCCGGACGUGCUCUCCGUGGCCGAUGUGCUGCGGAAGGAGGAGGAGGAGGACGCCGGCGAUGACGAGGAGAGGUUCUCGGACGCGCUGGACACGCUCUCCCGCACAGAGUCCUUCACCGUGAACUGCAGUGUCAGCGGUCUCAGCGGUCUCAGCGGCGUGCCGGACCGCCCGGCCGGUGCGACCGCCAGCGCCGCCGAGCCCGGCGCCCGCGGCUUCAUGAUGGACCGCUUCCUGCCGGCCGCGCAGGCGGUGGCCGUGGGCUCCCCGCAGUACACCUUCCGCAAGGCCAGUGCAGCUGGCUCCACCGGCAACUCUGCCCGCGAGCAUGCGCAUGCCGCUGCGGCCAAUUGGAGGAUGGGCAGCGAUGAUGAUCGCGUCAGGAGGACGCCGGUCCAGCUCCCUUACCAGAAUCUUCCUCCCAAUUAUUUGUCUUGCAACUAUCCCAGACGCGAUGAGCAUGGGGAGGAGGUGGAAGAAGAUGAUGAUGACUUCGACGUACAUAGUACCCGAGGUUUUGCAUCCAAGGGGUGUGGUUUGCUCCCUGGAUUGUGUGUAAAAACCUCCUUGUUACUACUUAAUCCAAUGCCUAUGAUGAAGGGUGGCAAGGCAAGUCGAGCAGGGAGAGGUAGGGGAUUGGCAUCCAAAGGCAGGGGCCAGAAAGCACCGAGCCCUCUUGCCCGGAGCUCACAACGUAAGAAUCUUGGCUGUGAUUCUAAUGGGCAAUACUGGGAGGAAGUUUAUAAGCACAAGCUGGAACAAAAGUACAUUAACCAAGGAGAGGAUAGGAGGAGCAAGCUGACAAGUGAGUCGAACCAUCUGACAUUCUGGAGUGACUCUCAAACUGGCGAUGGGUCUUCACCAUUCCGCCACUCCAUAGGUGGUGGCAUGUCUCCCUACCGCCGCGACGUUGCCUUAUCACCAUCACAUAAAGCAAAUGGGUCAUUUGAAGUAAGAGAUAAAGAUGAGAAAAUGAGUAGAAGCAAUGGCUCUAGCUCACUUGGAAUAGACCAUGAUCAUGGCUCGUUGCUUGGAUCAGAUCACAGUAGUUUGAAGGGAUCAAGCUCCAUGAGCUCAGGGGUCGAUAGAACAUUGCAUGAAGAUUCAAUGGAUCAUCGUUCAGGUAUUGAUUCAGAGACUAGCCAGUUGACUGUGGUACUGGAUCCAAAGGCAUCUUUGAAUUCAGGGUGUGAUGUUCAACAUGGUGGACGGCAGAUAGUCAGAAGUAACAGCAUAGUGGAAGCUCAAGACAAUGAUACAUUGACAGAAAAGAUCGCCAAAGUACCGGAAUCCGCUCCAUUAAUACCUUCCGGAAAUGCAGGAUCAGUAACACUGGAUGAUAGAAAAAGUCAUGAUAGUAGUCAGGAUGUUCCAAUACAUUCAGAAGAUAAUAUCGCUGUCAAGAAGGAAAGCAUGCCUUUGCAAUUUCUAAUGCCGCUACCUGUCCCGAAGUCGCCUUCAGAUUCCUGGCUUUCUCGCAGUUUGCCAUCUGUGAAGAAUAAACCACCUCCUCCAUCUUUUCUUGGAAUCCAAGUACAGUCGAGGAAACAAGCUCCGUGGGUCUCGGCACAUCCAAAGGAGAAUGAUCUUAAACCUCCCAGGCCACGCCAAAUAAGAUUUGCAGAUCCGCCGGUCGCGGCAAGGUGCCCCCAGGCCGACGCGGUGAGGGCGUGCCGCGCGUUGUUUGAAGAGCACGCCGAUAACGACGACGACGGCGACGAGGAGGGGGAGGAAGAGGAAGGCGAUGUGGCCCGGUUCUUCGACGAGCUGCUGGAGAAAGACGCGGACCUUAGGGGGUUCUACCAGGUGGAGCGGGAGACGGGGUGGUUCCUGUGCCUGGCUGAUUGCGACAACGAUGGCGCUAUUGAUCAAGCUGAGCACUUGGAUUCUUCUGAAUGUGCAGAAAUGGAGGUGGCCUAA